AUGCGAACCAUCCGUGCUGUGCUGUUGCUGUUUCUGGCAGGGAACACCGCCGCCAUGCCAACCAAGCAGCAAGGCUCCUUCCUAGCUAUUGAAGAGCCCUUGAAGACAGCUCUGAAGAGUGCUGAGCCGCGCUUUAACGCUCACAUUAUUGACGCGUCCAAGACUAUGCCACCCGUGCCCGCCUUUAGAUCCCUGCAGGCCAUCCUCAAGGACAUCUUCUUCCAGCCUACUAAGGAAACGUCGGUGGAGCUGAACGGUAUUGAGAUCAUAUCGACACCAAUUCUCAACGUGACGUCCUGCAAAGUGGACCUGCCGUUCCUCAACAUGGUCGUCGAAGGCAGCAUCGGCACCAUCGCCAUCGCGGGCAACUACUCCAUUGUGUCGCACCCCAUCCUCAGGAUGCUGCCUGCCUUCAGUCGCGGCACCUUCGGGGUGUCCUUGCGGUCGAUUGGAUUCAAAGGGCGCAUUGGUCUCAAGGUGGACGGCGACAACUUACACUCGCAGAACUACGACAUUGAAUACUCGCCCGUGCAUACUGCAGUGACAGUGGAAAGCGACACACCCAGUGAAAGCACUCAGAUUUCAACAAAAUUAUUUGACUCGGAGCUGGUAACCAAACUGAAGUCACGCCUUCGAAGCUGGCUGAACAGGCAGCUACAGAGCCAGUUCGACGCCAUUCUGGACAAAUUCUCUCUGCGGGAGUUGUUCCUUCGUGACGAAAAGACUGUUUCCGGCUUCAGGGCCCGCGCUCUCUCGCUGACUUUCAACGCUAACGCGUACGUGGAUGCGGUGCUGGAGCACGUGGCGGCGCUGGUGAAGAAGAUGGGCCUGCAGAAGCUGCCCAUACCCCUGGACCUGCAAUUUUCUUUCUCGAGGGAGAUUCUGUGGAUUACUUGGCACGGUUCGCUAGCUGUUGAAGGUCUAUGGAUCAAGAACCUCGUGAACCUGCGGAGGAAAGACGACAUCAGCCUCGCCUAUGAGGGGCUCGGCGUCACCGUCUUUGGAUCUCUGGGCAUCGCUGACCUGCAGGUGGGCCUCGACCAUUACGAGGUGGACUUCAUGGGCCUGGGACCCAACGGCUCCAUAUCGGCCACCAUCGGCUCCGCCUCGGCUUCACUCAAGGCCAGCGUCAACCUCAUGUCGGGCAUCGCUCCCACGAUCGAGAAGCUCAGCAUCGACUACUUCGAGAACGUUGAGGUAGAGAUAACAGGCCUGGGCAUCCUCAACUGGCUGGUGUCGUUGAUCGCCUCGUGGCUGCUGGGAUUCUUCAGCGACAGCGUGGUCACCAUCAUCAAUGAUCAGCUGCACAGCUUGGCUUCCAUCAGCCUCAGCGCCAUCGACGCCACGCACUACUUCUACUAA